CGUUGUGUUCGGAUGUGCUAAUCAGAAUGAAGUGGUUUGUGCUAAUGGUAAUAAUCCUUGGCUUGGGCUUGGCCACGACUAGUUCCACUUAUAAUCACUAUCGCCUGCCGACGGCUCUUCGACCUAUCAAGUAUCACCUGCGAGUGCUAACCUUGCUGGAAAAUGCGGAAAAUUUCCGCUUUGGCGGAAAUGUGAAAAUCGAAAUCCAAGUCCUGGAAAACACCAACAACAUAACUUUGCAUUCCAAGGAACUGACGAUCGAUGAGACGAAGACCACUCUUCGCCAAAUGAGCGGAGAGGAUUCGAAGGAUAACUGCGUGUUCUCCACAGAAGUAAAUCUCGCCAACGACUUCUACAUCCUUCACUCCUGCAAAGAACUUUUGGCUGGUCAUGUCUAUGAGCUAAGUUUGCACUUUUUGAGCAUAUUGCUAGACCGAUUGGAGGGAUACUACCGAAGUUCCUAUGUGGAUCCUGUGGCCAACGAGACUAGAUGGAUAUCCAUUACCCAUUUUGAGCCUGCCUCCGCGCGUUUGGCAUUUCCCUGUUUCGAUGAACCUGGCUACAAGGCACCUUUCUCGAUCACACUGGCAUAUCACAAGAAGUUCACCGGAGUCAGUAAUAUGCCUGUAAAGGAAACUAAGCCACAUGAAUCCCUUACCGAUUACAUAUGGACCGAGUUCCAGGAGUCGUUGCCAAUCUCCACCUAUCUGGUUGCCUAUUCCGUGAACGAUUUCUCCCACAAGCCAUCAACUCUACCCAAUGGAACUCUUUUCCGCACCUGGGCGAGGCCAAAUGCGAUCGAUCAGUGUGAUUAUGCCGCGGAGUUUGGGCCCAAAGUACUCAAAUACUACGAGGAGUUGUUCGGCAUCAAGUUCCCGCUGCCCAAGAUCGAUCAGAUUGCGGUGCCAGACUUCAAUAUUGGAGCCAUGGAAAACUGGGGCUUGGUGACGUAUAGGGAAACUGCACUUCUAUACUCAGCUGAGUUCUCCUCGCUGAAGGACAAGCAGGAACUCGCGAAUGUGGUAGCUCAUGAGUUGGCCCACCAGUGGUUCGGCAACCUGGUCACCAUGAAGUGGUGGACCGACCUGUGGCUGAAGGAGGGAGUAGCCACCUACCUGGCUACUUUGUGCGUAGAGAAUAUCCAUCCUGAAUGGCGUUCCAUGGAGCUGGAAUCACUGGCCAACUUGCUAUCCAUUUUCCGAAAGGACUCUUUGAAGAGCAGUCACCCCAUUUCGAGGCCCGUUGGGAAGGUUUCUCAGAUCUCCGAAAACUUCGAUGAGAUCUCAUACGAUAAAGGAUCUUCUGUGCUUCGAAUGAUGCACUUGUUCCUGGGGAAGGAGGCGUUCCAAAGCGGACUUAAAUCGUACUUAAAUAGAUACGCCUACAAGAACGCCGAACAGGACAAUCUGGGGGAGUCACUCACCCAAACUGCCCAUAAGACUGGUUCUCUACCAAAGGAGUACGACAUCAAGACCAUCAUGGACUCGUGGACUCUGCAAACAGGUUAUCCGGUGAUUAAUGUGACACGCAACUACACAGCAAGGACCGCAAAACUCAGCCAGGAGCGCUACCUCCUGAAUACAGAUAUCUCUAGGGCACACAAAGGAUGCUGGUGGGUGCCACUCAGCUAUACAAGUCAGGAGGAAAAGGACUUCAACAACACGGCGCCCAAGGAGUGGAUGGAGUGCACCGAGACUGGUGAAAGUGUUCCCAAGAUCAUUGAGGAUCUGCCAGGAGCCGAUGAGUGGGUAAUCUUUAACAACCAACUGUCGGCGCCGUAUAAGGUGAACUACGAUGCCCAGAACUGGAGACUUCUGAUCGAGACAUUGAACAGCGAGGAGUAUCAGUCCAUCCAUGUGGUCAACAGGGCCCAGCUCAUAGACGAUGUCCUGUACUUCGCCUGGACAGGGGAGCAGGACUACGAGAUCGCUUUGCAGGUGAUCAGCUAUUUGCAGAGGGAACGGGAGCUUCUUCCCUGGAAAUCGGCCUUCGAAAAUCUAAAGCUGGUGAAUCGUAUUGUCCGACAGACCCCAAGCUUUGGCUUCUUUAAGAGCUUUGUGAAGAAGAUCAUCACACCUGUAUAUGAGCACCUGAAUGGCAUCAACGACACAUUCAGCUCGAUUCCGCAGCAGGAUCAGGUGCUGCUGAAGACGAUGGUGGUCAACUGGGCGUGUCAGUACCAGGUGGGCGAUUGUGUGCCCCAGGCGUUGGCCUACUACCGCAACUGGAGAUCGGAGGCCAAUCCCGACGAGAAGAACCCGGUUCCGAUCAACGUUCGCAGCACUGUUUACUGCACCUCCAUAAAGCACGGAUCCGAUUCGGAUUGGGAGUUCCUGUGGACGCGGUACAAGAGAUCCAAUGUGGCCGCUGAGAAGCGCACCAUUUUGACUGCUCUGGGUUGCUCGAGGGAGGUGUGGGUGCUGCAGCGCUAUCUGGAGCUGAUCUUCGAUGGGAAGGAAGGUAUUCGCAAGGGGGACUCAAAGUGGGCCUUCCAGGCGGUGGUCAAAACGGAGGUCGGGUUCCUGCUGGCCAAGAAGUACUUCAUGGACAACAUUGAGUCUAUAAGCGCUUACUACAAUCAGCUUCUUAAGAGCAUUCCCCGACUUCUGGUGCCACUUCAAAAGCAGAUUUAUACCCGUAAGGACUACGCGGAGUUCAAGACAUUUUUGGCCGAUUCGCAGAAGUUCCUGAAAGGUUCGGCGGAGGCGAUUCAACAGACAUUGGAGAUAAUACUGACCAAUGUGCAGUGGCAGGAGCGAAACUAUGAUCAGUUCACCCGUGCAAUCAAGCAUCUCCUGUAGACUUUCUACUCAAUUCAGUCUCUCUCGAGUUAUUAAAGAAAUUGUAUACCUCUUAUCAUACGCAAUAAAAUAGGA